AUGGCCUCAGGACAAACCCUCGGUUUCAUUGGAUGCGGUAACAUGGGCGGCGCCGUUCUAAACGGCCUCCUCAACGCCGCAUUCUCAAGCAACACCGACAAAGAGAAAUCCGAAGAACCCCCCAUCUCGCACAUAAUAGUCUGCACAAAAACAGAAGCCUCCGCAGCCCGGAUCAAGUCCACCCUUUCCCCUGAACACAAAGACUUAAUAAAAGUCGUCUUCGACCAAAACGUGCAAACGAUGUGGGAAUCAGAUAUCAUAAUCCUGGGCUGCAAACCCUACAUGGCACCCGCUGUCUUAGGCGAAAAAGGCGCCGCCGCUGCCCUAGCCGGCAAACUCGUCAUCAGCAUGCUGGGCGGUCAAUCAGCCUCAGCAAUAACCAACCUCAUAAACCCAACGCCGACAUCCGCAUCACCGGCACCACACGUCAUAGUCGCGGUCCCAAGCAUGGGCGCCCAGCUUGGGCAGUCAAUGACUAUUAUCGAGACGCCGGAGCCUACGGUCCCGAGGGACCUGGCGGCGAUGGCGGACUGGAUUUUCGAGCAGGUUGGCGAGGUUAAGUAUCUGGGGGCUGAGCAUGUUGGGCUUGCGACUGUGCUUGUUGGGGCGACUAUGGCAACGAUGACGAUUCCGAUUGAGGGGUUGCUGGAUGGAUGUGUUGCGGAGGGGCUUAAGAGGGGGGAUGCGAUGGAGUUGGUGUUGCAGGGAGUGAAGGGGUUGUUGGCUGUGCUGCAGAGUGGGCAGCAUCCGGCGGUUGUUAGGGAGAGUAUUUCUUCGCCUAAGGGGUGUACGAUUCAGACUUUGUUGAGUCUCGAGAAGGCGGGGACGAGGUCCGAUUUCUCAGAGGCGAUUGUUAUGGGGAAUACGCAUUUGAGGGAGAAGAUGUAG